AUGGCCGAACCAGAAAACACCUUUCAAUCUUCACAUAAGAAGAAGAAGCGCGACAAAAAGAGACUCCGUGAUAUUGGUGAGGAGCAACACGUAGCAGAAGAAAACGAUUUGAACGAUACUCGUAGCAAUGGAGAAUCCUCGAAAAAGAAGAAGAAGAUGAAAGAGGAGGUGGAAGUAGAAACUGAAGUAGUGGAAGAGAAAAAAGUUAAGGAUAAUAGCGGUUCUGGAAUUAUGAGUACCGAAUCAUUUGCUUCUCUCGGAUUAUCUGUACCUACUUCUAAAGCCAUUGUGGAUAUAGGAUUUCAACGCAUGACUCAGAUUCAAGCUGGAUCGAUUCCGCCACUUUUGAGUGGAAAAGAUGUUCUUGGUGCUGCAAGGACUGGUUCUGGUAAAACUCUUGCUUUUUUAAUUCCUGCUGUGGAACUUUUGUAUAAACUUAAGUUUAAUCCUCGAAGUGGAGCUGGUGUUGUUGUCAUAUGUCCCACUAGAGAGCUUGCUAUUCAGACCCAUGAUGUUGCCAAGAAGCUUCUAAAGUAUCAUUCACAAACACUUGGAUUGAUUAUUGGAGGUUCAGCUAGAAGAACUGAAGCUGAACACCUUGCUAAAGGGAUAAAUAUAUUGGUAGCUACUCCUGGCCGUCUUCUGGAUCAUCUACAGAAUACCAAGCGGUUCGUAUAUGCUAAUCUGAAGUGCCUCAUUAUUGAUGAAGCUGACAGGCUAUUGGAAGCAAACUUUGAGGAUGAGUUGAAGCAGAUUAUCAAGCUCCUCCCAAAGAGUAGGCAGACAGCUUUAUUUUCAGCUACACAAACAAAGAAGGUUGAAGAUCUUGCUCGCCUGUCAUUUCAAACUACUCCUGUCUAUAUUGAUGUAGAUGAUGGAAGAAAGAAGGUCACAAAUGAAGGAUUGCUACAGGGUUAUGUUGUUGUUCCCUGUGCCGAGAGAUUUACUGUUCUCUAUUCUUUCUUGAAGAGGCACCAAUCAAAAAAAGUGAUGGUCUUUUUCUCUUCAUGCAACAGUGUCAAAUUCCAUGCAGACAUUUUCAAUCACAUUAAUCUGCAUUGUGCAAAUAUUCAUGGAAAACAAAAGCAGCAGACCCGGACAGCUGCUUUCAGAGACUUCUGCGAAGCUGAAAACGGGGUCUUGCUCUGUACUGAUGUUGCUGCUCGUGGUUUGGACAUACCUUCUGUGGACUGGAUUGUGCAGUAUGAUCCGCCUGAUGAGCCAAAGGAAUAUAUCCAUAGGGUUGGUAGAACAGCUCGUGGGGAAGGUGGAAAAGGCAAUGCCUUGCUUUUUCUGAUUCCUGAGGAAUUGCAGUUUCUUCGCUAUCUCAAGAAAGCUAAGGUCCCUGUGAAAGAAUAUGCUUAUGAUGAAAAGAAAGUGGCUAAUAUACGGUCUCAUCUGGAGAAAUUGGUUGCAGAAAAUUAUUUUUUGAACAAAAUGGCUAAGGAAGCAUAUAGAUCAUACAUAUUAGCAUAUGAUUCACAUUCCUCCAAGGAUAUAUUCAAUGUUCAACGCCUCGAUCUGCAGGCUGUUGCAGCUUCGUUCUGUUUUUCAAAUCCUCCAAAUGUGAGUGUAAACAUAAGCAGCAGUAAGCAAAGGAAGAAAACACGGAGAGUUGAGGGAGGCAGACAUGGAUUCAACCCAAACAAUCCUUAUGGAAAGCGAAAUACUGAUGAUAUGCGGCAGUUUGUGAGGCAUUAA